AUGGAUGACGUGACAACCCAAACUGGUGAGGAACCCUACAUGUGUGGGGAGGGUGGGUACAGAGAUGUCAGCAUCCACACAGGAGAUAAACCAUACAAGUGUGACCAGUGUGAGUAUUCAGCAGUGGAGAAGAAACACCUAAAAACUCACAUGGCGAAACACACAGGUGAGAAACCCUACAGGUGUGUCGAGUGUGAGUACAGGACAGCUGACAGGUCUGCUCUAUCAUGUCACAUGAAGACCCACACAGGGUAUAAACCUUACAAGUGUGGCCUGUGUGAGUAUUCAGCAAUUAAGAAGAAAGAUCUACACAUUCACAUGGCUAAACACACUGGUGAGAAACCCUACGUGUGUGGAGAGUGUGGGUUCAGAACGGGUUAUAAGUCUAGCCUGAACAAGCACGUGAAGACCCAUACACUAGAUAAGCUAUAUAAGUGUGACCAGUGUGACUAUUCCGCCAUUCAGAAGAGAUCUUUAGACAGACACAUGGCUAAACACACUGGAGAGAAACCCUACAAGUGUGACCAGUGCAGCUUCGAAGCAGCUACGAAAGGAGACUUGCGUACCCACACGGGUAAACACACAGGAGACAAACCCUACAUGUGUGGGGAGUGUGGGUACAGGUCUGACUACAGCUCAGGCCUAUCCAGACACAUGAAAACGCACACAGCAAAAAAGCCUCACAAGUGUGACCAGUGUGACUAUUGUACAGACAGAAAAGACGUGUUAGACAGGCACAUGAUUAAACACACAGGAGACAAACCCUACGUGUGUAUCGAAUGUGACUACCGUACAGCUAACAGGUACAAUCUGUCCAAACACGCAAAAAUCCACAAAGGGGAGAAACCCUACAAGUGUGACCAGUGUGACUUCUGUACAGCUAGAAAGGGAAACCUUGACACACACAUGACCACUCACACAGGAGAGAAACCCUACGUGUGCGUGGAGUGUGGAUACAGGACGGCUCGGAAAGCUAACCUGGACCUUCACAUGGUCACACACACUGGGGAGAAACCCUACAGAUGCGGUGUGUGUGACUACAGAACAGGGUACAGGUCAGCACUGUGGAGCCAUCUGAAAGUACACAUGAAAGUCCACACAGGAGAGAAACCGCUGGCACCACCGUCGGUCCAUGCAGAAACUGAGGUUCAGAACAUGUCUAUCCAAACACUUGCAUUAGAUGAAUCAGAACAUAUAGACCCCUGAAUGCAUUUUACUCCUGUGUGCAAUAUUACUUCACUGUAAAUGUAUUUCAGAUGAUUUGAAAGAUGCUGGAGAAGAAAUGGGCCACAAAGACUGUGCUUACCAUAGCUGGAAAAAUCAGGAUGAAAAUGGAAAGGGGGCAUAAACAGCUGUGUGUCUGAAAAGAUUACAUUGUAUUACAAAAUGUAUAGGCUUUGCAGUACCAAAAACCUGUUAUGUUUUAGCUCCCAGCCAUGGGUGCGGCCAUGUUGUGCCUCCAUGUUGACUUAAUAAUGUAACAUAGCAAAAGAGGAAAAGCUAGUAAUGGUUACUAAUUGCAAAAGUGAUGUCAUGACUUAUAAUGUACUGAUAAUAUUUUCAUACUUUAGACACAUUAUGUGGAUCUAGAUUGUGCAAAUGUACAUGUAGCACCUACAUGCAUAAUUUGUAACUAUAUAGCUAUAGUACCUUUAGUUUAAAACGUAGGAAAUUACAAGUUAUUGUAUUGGA